AAACUUCAACUCCCUCAGUAAAGAAAAUGUGUACGAGAAUAACAAGUUGGCAUUUCGAGUGGCGGAGGAGGAGCUGGGGAUCCCAGCCUUGCUGGAUGCAGAGGAUAUGGUUGCUCUGAGAGUACCAGACAGGCUGAGCAUCCUCACCUAUGUUUCUCAGUAUUAUAACUACUUCCAUGGACGGUCUCCUAUUGGAGGCAUGGCUGGAAUCAAGCGUCCUUCCUCUGAACCUCAGGAGCAGCCUCUUGGGAAGAAAGCUGUUUCAGAGCCUCCUAAGCCAGUGCCACCAAAACUGCCUCCUGCCCACCCGCCAGCCAGAGCUAAGCCAAAAGAAGCCUCCCCAGUUACCACGAAAGGAGUCCUGGCGGAGAGUGGGAAUAUCCCUAGCAGCAGCUGUGGGAUCUGCAGGAACCAUGUGCACCUGGUGCAGCGGUACUUGGUUGAUGGGAAGCUCUAUCACAGGAACUGCUUCAGGUGCAGGCAGUGUUGGAACGUGCUUCUUCCUGGAAGCUACAAAGCUGGGCCUGAGCCCGGUACAUUCAUCUGUACCAGCCACCAGCAAUCAGAUGGCGUCCAGAUCUCUGGUCUCCGCAGCACCGGGAACAAACCUGAGAGUACCCCAGCCCCUACUGCUUCCAGGGCAUUCCAGAAAGCAGCAGAACCCAAGAAACCGGAACAGGUGUUGAAGAAACCCAGCCAGGAAGGCCUUGCUAGUUCAACCAAGCCAUCUGUUUCAUCUUCUGGAAGCUCUGGCUUCAAAAGUGUAAAUACUCCAUGGUCCUCUUCAGCUGUAAAUAAAUCAGAUGACUGCAAAGGUACCCCAUUGGGAAGUAAAGCAGAUCACCAUGAAGGUACUCCAUCAGGGCUUCUUUGGACAACCUCCACAACAAAAACACAGCAAGCCCGAGAAAAUUUUUUUCGGUCAUUAGAGUCCUCCAGCAAUAAAACCUCUGACACUAAAAAACAAGUCCCUUCUUCUCAUGGCCCUGGUAAGACUGCCUCUGCCAGAACCACUGCUGAGGUCAGUCCAGUGAAUGCUGAGAAGGAUCAGGCACGUAACCAUAUUAUACAGGCUCUGGCUGGAUCAAACACCUCUCCAAACAGGCUAGGAGGACUCAAUUCCACUGGCUCCUCAGUGUCCAGCAGUGGCAAGUUUUCUCCCACCAGUUCUCAGUGGCAGAGUCCAGCUGCAAAAGCACAGUCCAGCAAAACAGGGUACACAGCACUAAAACAGGAAAAGAUUACAGACCCUCUGCCCAAGAGCCAGGCUGCCAGCAAACCUGUUGACUCCGUGCACAAGCCAGAGUCGAAAGGCAUCAAAGGAAGCAUGAGUGUUGGUGAAGACAAGUCUGAGAACCCAGCAGAGUGGAGAUCUCGGUUGAAGCCCGUAGCCAGCAAAGACCAAGGUGGCUCUAAGAAAUCUACUGAUAACUCCCAGGUGGGAACAGGGAGCCCAGCACACAAGGAGACAAAGCCAAGUCCAUUAGUUGUCCCAUCAGCAAAGCAGGACUCUGCUUCAUCUGGUGGAUUCAUGAAGAAGUUGUUGAUCCCCAGCUCAGAUCUUGUCAGGAGCUGUCAGAAUUCAAAGCAAGGCUGGGAAGACCCUAGGGGCUCUGCCAAGAAGGAGGAAGAGGGCAACCAGUUGAAGAAAAGCACUACCACAUUUAAACCCUCUGUUCCGGAAAGUACCCAGAGCCCUGCAGUGGUGUCCCCAACCAAGCUACACCCAGACUACCUCCCCGAGGAGGAAAUCCAGGAGAAGGUGCGUGACAUCGAGAAGCAGCUGGAUGAGCUGGAAUUGAAAGGAGUGGAUCUGGAGAAGCAGCUGCGUGGCUGCGAGGGAGAUGAAUCUGAGGAUGCCCUCAUGGUGGAUUGGUUCAAACUGAUCCAUGAGAAACAGCUGCUGCUCAGACAGGAAUCGGAGCUGAUGUACAAGAUGAAACAGCAGAAGCUGGAGGAGCAGCAGUGGAACAUUGAGACAGAGCUGCGACACCUCAUGAGCAAGCCAGAGGAGCUGAAGACACCCAGGGAGAAGGAGCGAGAGAAGGAGCUGCUGGAGUCGUACCUGAACACAGUCAAUGAUCGGAAUAAUAUUGUGGAGUGCCUGGAUGAGGACAGACUCAGAGAGCAAGAGGAGGACCAGAUGUUGGCAGACAUGAUCCAGAGGUUGGAUGGAUCUCUUGAGAGCCAGGAGCCAGAGAAGAAGAAGAACAAGUUCCAUUUGUCCAAAAUAUGGAAGCAGAAAAAUAAGAGUAAAGCUCAGGAGUGA